AAUAUCAAAACAGUUAUAUAUCGUAUAAUAGAUGUCUUCUAAUACGAGCUAUUACCGAUCGCCGUUCGGAGACACGACCUACACCAAAGUGUUCGUCGGAGGCUUAGCAUGGGAGACUCCGACCGAGGAAAUGCGUCGUUACUUCGAUCAGUUCGGAGAGAUUCUUGAAGCCGUCAUCAUCACCGAUAAGACCACCGGAAAAUCUAAAGGCUAUGGUUUCGUCACAUUUCAAGAGCCGGAAUCAGCAACGAGAGCAGUCGCCGAUCCGAAUCCUGUGAUCGAUGGUAGAAAGGCUAAUUGCAAUAUUGCGUCUUUUGGACGGCCCCGACCAUCGACGCCUCGAGGGAGAGGACAAGGAGGAAGCCCUAGUCAGUAUCAUGGUGGAGGACAAUCAAGCUAUACCGGAAUGGCUGCCCCGCUGCAGCAGGCUGCGACUGCCCAGCUCAUGUAUCCAUCGUACGGGUACACCUACAAUUCUGAAUAUGGGUACCACCAAGCGUUAUACAACACACAGCUCCAACAAGCACAAUACUAUCAACAGCAAAUGUACGGCGGAGGAGCAACAUCACCAUCAUCAUCUAACAUCAUGCCUUCUCCUUACUACUACCUCCAAGCUCCAAGUCCUAGACCAUAUCCUCAUCAACAUCAUCAUCAAUAUGCUCAUCAUAUUCAUCAUCAUCAGCAGCAGCAACAACGCUUACCUUCUGCUUCUUCUUACCCAAUUCACCAAUCCAAUUUCGAGGCUCCUACUAAUUCCUCCAAUGCCCCUCCUUCCCAAGAGCCAAUAUCUUCUUCCACCGAAUCACAAGUUCCACAUCAAUUCUCAGCAGAAGGAGGAGAAUUCGAUGCAACGGAUGCACCUGAAAGUACAACCACGAACAGCAGAGAGUUGACAUCAUCUUCAUAAUCAACUGCAUCUCCAACUUGUACAAUCUUUUGACAUUUUUUUACCCUCCCUUUCUCUUCAUCCAACAAAGAAAAAAAAAAAGCUAAUUCGUUUAUUUCCCCAACCAAAUCCUUCCAUGACUUAAUAUGACUGCCAAAUAAAGAUGGCUCUAUCUCUUGUCA